AUGACUCGUUCCCACCUGACAGUUGUAAUCCAGGCCCAUAAGGAUGUUGAGCAAGAUCUCACCGACGCCACCCACUCGUUGACCAGAGUGCCAGAAAUCCUUGUGGCCCCCUUUCCAGAACACCUUUUCAGCAAUCAUCCGCCGACAGAAGAACAAGUGCACUCCGUUCGUCAAACUAUUGCUGCAGCAGAGAGGGUACUCGCUUCCAUCGACUUAAAGUUGCGCCAUUCGCCAAAUGACAGCGGGUUGCUUAGCAGUCGCAUCGCCUGCCAGACAUUCAUCGACAAUCAUCGGAAGGUGUUGUCCCCUUGGAGGCAUCUACCCGAGGAACUCCUCAUGGAAAUAUUCUCGAAAUUCCUCCCACAUACUAACCCCCUCGAGGUUAGGCUUCACCCCUACUCAAGGGGGUAUUUUCGCCGGUGGAUGUCGAUUCGACGUGUCUGUAGAGAAUGGAAAGACGCGCUUCAUACGGUUCCCAAGCUAUUUGGCUACCUGCCCACGCUCUCCUUCCGGAUAGGGUCUCAGUCGGGAGUUGGACAUUACCAGCAGCUCCUUCAGCACAUCGGUUGGGCCUAUCCGGAACCAUUGCAGUUCAUGGUGUCUAACAUAUUCUCUGCGGAAGAAGGGCUCAAGGCCCUCCCUGAGCUCAUCGCUCUCACGGAUAACUGGGAAAUAGUCCACUUCGACAACUCCUACAGUCUUCUCCUGUCUCUAACCGGCCUCAAGUUCCCCAAUUUACGCAAACUAACGCUGGAAUUGUGGUGGUUGGAGUCCGACGACGUGGCGCAUGGAGACCCAUUGAGCGUAUUCGAGCAUGCACCGAAGCUAGAGCACCUGCUUGCUGGAUCCAGCUGCAUAAUCGGAGCGAGGGCUAAAUUCCCUUGGAAGCAGCUAAAGUUUUACGCAGAUAUAUUAGGCGAUGCAGUAGGUGGCGCGCUUCCGACUGUCGUCGCACAAUGCACCGAACUUGAGCAUCUCAAGGUUCGCCAAAGAGAGCGUAUCCCCGUUGACAAGGUGAACCUUCGUGCCCUGAAGUCCCUUGACAUCUAUUACGGAGGCAGCAUCCUUUUUCCAGAACACAUCAUUCACCAACUGACACUUCUACGGCUCGAAACGCUUCGAAUCGCCCUGCCUGACAUCAUAGAGUCCUCUUUCGCUUUCCGUUCUGUCACGUCCCUAGUUUCACGGUCUGGGUGCGGGAAUCACCUUCGGCACAUAUCUUUGCUCAUAGGUCCACAGUUGUCGAAGGGCGAGCUCACCAAUCUCCUUCAUGACACCCCUCAACUAAUCAGACUCGAUAUCAAAUAUCCACCGAUCGAGGACGCUCUCAGUCUCGCCGUACUCCCCGAUCGCCCAACUCUCGUCCGGCAACUAGAGUGCCUGCGCAUCCAUACCAACAUCAAUCCGGGAGACGAAGCUGUAUAUCGCACCAUCGGCCAAACCAGAUGCGAGGCGGUACCCAGUGUGCGGUGCCAGCCACCCGUCCGUCGUUUGAAGGAACUUAGGGUCGUCGUCCCGUACGACGCUAAGCAGGGCUUCAUCGUCCGCGGCUAA